CGGCAAAUACAUUUUUGUAUUUACGUUCGUACCUGUUUGGCUUCGUAUCUCAGACGUCCAGCGCCAACCAUAGUGAGUAAAGAUGCCUGACAUGAUGAAUUGUGAGUUGCUGGCAACAUGUAAUGCUUUAGGAUUUUGUGAAGGAACGGUAUACCACAAAGAACCAGAUUGUUUAGGUGAGAUACACAGUUCAUUACUCUUGGUUAACCUAUCCCAACCUGCAGAGCUGUGUUUUAAUAACAAAAUCCCAGACGAUAAAACCUUCCGACACUAUUUUCUGGAAGUUCAGACUAAUCUGCAGUCAUGUAAAGAGAGCUUUGCAGAUGAAGAUUUCAUGGCAGUAUUAGCAAAAAAACUAAAAUCAUUAUUAGAUAUGGAAUGGGAAGACAGACGAGAAGAACAUACUCUGCUGAUGGAGAGAGUGUUACUCUUACUUAGAAAUAUUUUGCACAUUCCAGCAGAUCCUAAUGAAGAGAAGAGAACUGAUGAUGAUGCUAGUAUACAUGACCGAGUUCUGUGGGUGUUAAACACCAGUGGUAUGGAUAAAUUAUUACUGUACAUAUCAAGUUCAGACGGAGAACAGCAAUGGUGUAUGCACGUAGUAGAGAUAAUAUCAUUGAUGUUAAGAGAACAGGACGCAGAGCAACUCGCAAAAGCUGGAAUUGGAAGAACUGAUGCAGAAAAAGAACAAGAAGAAAAUGAGCUGGAGAUGUUACGACAAAAAGAUCAAAGUUUAAGAAAAGCCAGAUUAAAACAAUACAGUGCAAGGCAUUCCAGAUUUGGUGGUACAUUCUGUGUAAAGAAUAUCAAGUCCAUCAGCGAUAAUGAUCUGAUCUAUCACAGAUCUCUCAAUACUGCUGAUAACAUUAACUUUGACCGUGAAAAAUCAGUUGGCAGGAAACCAAGAAAUCGACGCUCAAUGAAAGAAAGUGACAUUAAAAGAAGAUCGACUCUCAAUAUUCGUUUAUUUCUGAAAGAGUUUUGUGUUCUGUUUCUGGAAAAUUGUUAUAAUCCACUGAUGCACAGUGUACGAGAUAAUUUAUUACAUGAAAGAGCACAGAAGAAUGAUGAGAGUUACUAUUUAUGGGCGAUGAGAUUCUUUAUGGAGUUCAGUAGAAGACACAAUUUUAGAGUUGACAUAGUCAGUGAAACUUUUUCAGUGCAGAGCUUUCAUUAUAUUCAGACAAAUCUCCAGAAUUAUUACGAAAUGAUGUUAGCAGAUAAGAAAGAAGUCACUCAGUGGUCGAGAAGGAUGCAUCUUGCAUUGAAAGCGUACAGUGAGCUGUUGAUGACUUUAGACACUAUGGGUCGUUGCAAAGACGAUUCUCUUAAGGAUGGCGCUGAUGUCAUCAAAAGUAAUAUAUUUUACGUGAUGGAAUAUCGGGAAAUAUUUCAAACAUUGCUGAGAAAGUACGAUCCUGUCAAGCUAACCAAGUCAUUUCUGAAGGAUUUGAUUGAAACCACACAUGUGUUUGUGAAGAUGCUGGAGACACAUGCUAAAAGCAGAAGAUCAAUUAUGGUUCAGAAAAAGAUGAAGAAAAGAAGGAAAAAAAGUCAGCGUAAAGAAAGAAUAACAGGUAGCCAGGACAACCAAGAAGUGACUGAUGAAUCAUGGGAAAGAGUUACAAGUGAGUUAUCUUCAAUGUUGCAAGGGAGAGAAGAAAUACCAGAAAACAUUGCACCGUUCGAUGCAGCUGCUGAUAUCCCAAUUGAAGAACAGAGAGCCAGUACAAUGAUUAGGAUACAAGAAUCACUGCAUAAUGGAAUGGCUGGUGAAGCUAUAGCAAUACUAAGAGCUGCUAGAGAAGUGUGGCCUGAAAAUGACGUGUUUGGUGCCGCUGAUAUCGGCGCAGAAGAUGAAUUUAUGGCGCUUAGAGAGAUACACUAUGCUAAUCUACCACGACAAAAUCAAGAUGAGGAAGGUGAAGUAAAUGAAGAAGAUGAACUGGAAAAUGCUGCCAUGUUGAAUGUGAAAGUUAAGCGUGAUAGCGCUCUUCAAAGACGGCUUCAAGUGUUUACACGAAUCGCAAGGUCUUGUUUAGAUCUGAGUGCUGGCUCGAAACCACCACCUUUAAUUGUCAAUCAGUUAGUAAAGCAGGAAUUGGUUGAUAGUGUCACUGCUCUGAAGAGGAAAAAAGGAGUUAAAAAGGUGAUGAUAUGGAGAGAAGAACAGGAACUAGAAUUACAAAACCUGUAUGAACAGUACAAAGAAUCUGAUGAUAUUUUGGGAAAUAUUCUUGAAAGCAUGUCUGAGAAGCGGUCAAAGAAUAAAGUGAUAGAAAAGCUGAUAGCAAUGGGAAUGGUAUCAGAAAGGAAAGAAUUGUAUAAGAAACGAAAGAGCAAAGGAAGAAAAGAAAAGAAUAAAGAGGAUAACUUUUUUGAAGAGGGAAUGGAGAUGGAAGAAAUCCCUCAUUCAGAUGAAGAAGCAGAAGAAUUGGGUAGUGAUGAAACUGAUGAUGAUGAUGACGACUACUUUGGGUUAUCCGUAUCCCAAUUGUUAAAAAAGGUCAAACAAUUGGGUUUCAUAGAACAAGUUAAGUGGAUAUUGACUGGUUUAAGAAGAACUGCUGAUGAUAGACAAAGUGAAAAUGACAGUGAACCUGUUGCUAUUGUACCAUUAACAGUUGAAAAUGAACAAGCAAUGGAAAACGGUGGAUUUAAAUCUUUUCUCAAGGCAAUUGGAAUGUCGCCACCAGCUAACCACCAGGAGAUAUUUUGGCGUAUUCCUGGUGAAUUGACCCCUGACGACCUCAAAGAUCUGGCAGAUUCGAUUGAAAGUAUGGGUGAUGAAGACGAAAGGAGAGUUAAGAAGCUGAGUGAUAGAAGCAAAAAACUUGCAGAGCUAGCUAAAGCUCGGGAAAUGGAAAGAAAAUCUGGAGAUGGUGGGAAACGGAAAAAGAGAUUGUCAGAGAAGAAAGCGAGGGCAGCAAUUCUGGGUGAAGAACGUGUCAAUCAGAAACCCAAAAAACAAAGAAGAGUUAAGAGAGACGUUGUGGAGUCUUCUGAAGAUGAAAGAGUAAUGGAUUAUAGCAGUCAUGAAGAUGAUGUUUCCAUCGAUAAAGAGAAUAACAGAAGCAAUAAAAAAAAUGAACAGAAGAAGAAAUCCAUGUCAGCCGAGGAAGCGCGGAAGAUCUUGACGGAUGAUGAAAGUGAUGACGAAUCAUUCACCAAACGGAAUUCCAGUAGCGACGACAGCGAUGAUGAACCAUUGAUUUCAAAGUUAAACACUAAUAAACCUGAAACAGGAGAUACACAUCAUAUAAAAAUGUCACUCCAUGAUACGGAUGAUGAUGAUGAGGAAACAGAUUCAAUAGUCGUAAAAAAGACACGAGGGAAGAGGCCGUAUUCUAUGUUAUCUGACUCCGAAUCUGAUGUUGAAGACAGCAUACCAUUAAAAAGGAUUGUUAGGAGGAAGAUUGAAUCCGAUAGUGAUGACGAAUAGGAAAUUACUCCAAAUAGUGUUGUGUACAUAUGUAUUUUAAUCUAGCGUUCUAACAAUGACUGCUUUGCUGAUAGA